ACUUCCACCUCAUUCUUGUUAUUCAGUCACAUUGGUACUGCCGUUCAUUAACGAACCUCUUUAGUUUGAAAUAGUUUUCACGACUAAAAUAAAAAUUUUUUCAAAUUAAAAAUGGCGGUUACGAUGUUCGAUUACACAAAAAUAACAUCUUUCUUAAGCAUGAGUGUACUAUAUGUUGUGGAUUACAUUAAAUCAACUACAGCUUACGAUAUUGUGUGUAAGCUUGCGAAUUUUCAAGGAGUUUGUUUUCCACCUUUAGAUACAUACGAAGAAGAUGAUUAUUCUAAGGAUUGAUACAAAUAUUGUCAAAAUAAAAAAUGUUCAAAUUUCUUUAUAAAUAUAUAUUGAACCUCUUAAAAUACAAAAAAAUCAAACCAUGAAAGAAAUAAUAGAUGAUAAAACAAAAGAAGCUGUCAAGGAAAUAGAAAAUAAAAUGAUUGAAAUUCGUUCCAAUCGAUCUCGAAAUCAUCAGUGGUCUUUGAGUGAUUUUGAAGUUGGAACUCCUUUAAGCCGAGGAAAAUUUGGCAGAGUUUAUCUUGCUCGUGAGAAAAACACCAAGUACAUGGUAGCUUUGAAAAUGAUGUUUAAAUCAGAAUUGGUUAAAGAUCAUAUGGAACAUCAGGUUCGACGUGAGAUAGAAAUUCAAACUCAUUUAAAUCAUCCUAAUAUCCUUAAAAUGCUAACAUAUUUUUGGGACCAAAAAAAAAUUUAUUUAAUAUUGGAAUUUGCUCAGGAAGGAGAAUUAUUCAAAGUAUUAAAUGCUCAACCACAUAAGAGAUUUACUGAACCAACUGCUGCAUAUUAUCUACGACAGGUUGCUGAUGCUUUGAAAUAUUGCCAUAUGCAAAGUGUAAUCCACAGGGAUAUCAAACCUGAAAAUUUAUUAUUAUUUAGUCAUCAUGUAGUAAAACUGGCAGAUUUUGGGUGGUCAGUUCAUGCACCAUCCAAAUGCCGUAGUACAAUGUGUGGUACCAUUGAUUAUCUUCCACCAGAAAUGGUAGAUUCUCAAACAUACAAUGAAUAUGUAGAUAAUUGGUGUUUGGGUGUUUUAUGCUAUGAAUUUUUGUGUGGAUCUCCUCCAUUUGAAAGUUCUGAACAAGCAGAAACUUUUCGAAAAAUACGUGCUGUCACUUAUGGUUUUAAACCCCAUAUGAGUGAAAGCUCUAGAAGCUUAAUUCAAAAACUUUUAGUAAAAAUACCUAAGAAUAGAUUACCUUUGGAUGAAGUUAUGCAACAUCCGUGGACAGUGAAAAAUUGUGAAAUUUUUACUACAAUUAAUAAUUUACCAAUGAAAUGAAAAAUAAAUAAAUAAAUAUACCCUAAAUUUAUCAUUUAUUUCUAUAUUAUAAAAUUAAUUUGCUAUUUCAUUUUAAGCUCUCUAUUUUAUUUUACAUAAUUUAUUCAAUCAUGUAAUAGCUCUCACGAAAAUUCAUUUUUUUCUCAAUUAUUGUUAUUUAGUACAAAUUUUAAUUUUUUGGUCUUCAUAAAAUGUGUAAUUUUUAAUUGGUGAACAAUUUUCCUUAGAUAACUACUAAUACUUGUAUUAUACUUUUGAAUGUAAUAUAAUUUUUUAUUUAAUGAUUUCUUUUUAAAUUAUAAUUAAGUUAGAAAUGUAGUAAAUUGUACUUUAGGAUAUUUUUAUGUAAUUUUAUGUACCUCAAUUUUUUUUAUUCUUAUUAUUAGUCUGUAUAAUUCUAAAAAAAAUGUAAUCAUUAUGUU